GAUGUUCUGAUUAUUCUGUGGAUUGUCGAUCUGGCUAAUUUUUUAAGAGAUUUAUGAUUUAUUUUAAUUACCAUCUGUAUUAUGUUUUCCGAAAAUCCCAAAAUCAUUGUUUUGAUUAGUGGAAAAAGGAAAUGCGGCAAAGAUUUCGUAGCCGAGAAACUGCGAUCUAUUUUAUUAGAUAAGUGCACGAUUGUGAGAAUUUCUGCUCCAAUAAAAAAAUAUUACGCUGAAAAAUGCGGUAUUAGCCUAGAAGAACUGCUAAGUGAUGGACCUUCCAAAGAAAAAGUUAGAUUAGAAAUGAUAAAUUGGAGCGAGAAAAUGAGGUCUCAAGACCCAGGGUGUUUCUGUAGAUCUGCUUGUGAAAAUGCUGAAUUAUGUCCAAUUUGGAUUGUUAGUGACAUACGGAGGAGAACUGAUCUUGAAUUCUUCAAAAAGUCUUAUGGCAAUAAAAUCAAAACAGUUCGCAUUAAUGCAGCAGAAGAUAUAAGAAAAGCUAGAGGAUGGAUUUUCACAAAAGGUGUUGAUGAUGUGGCAUCUGAAUGCGAUUUAGAUAAAUAUUCAAAUUGGGAUUUGGAAAUAAGGAAUGAAGGUUCUGAGCAAGAAAUUCUUAAAAUACUAGAAUUGCUCAAUAAAGAAACUUGAAAAUUAGAAUUAUAAAAGGUAUAUGUGGAUCACAUACAAGUGGAGUAAUCCGCUUGAACAAAUUGAAUAAAGGAGGAACAUUCAAGCUGCAAUUUGGUGAUUGAUAAGGGCAAAGGGAAUUGAUCUAAGUACAUAUUGAAAAAAACAAAAAUUCUGCUGAUUAUUUUUAACAAGUUUCAAAUGAAAUAAAAUUGAAUGAACUUUUGUUUCAAAAGAUGUAGAAUGAAUUGAUGGGAUGUUUGAAAAUACAUAGAUUUAAUAUGAAAUCUAAUGUUAAAAGUUAAAUAUAUGUGAGAAAACUCAA